GCCGCAUCCAGCCCCACACCGCCCGGGAGAAGGGCUGGAAGGGACCCCGCGCCCAGCUCGGUCCCGAUCCGGGGGCAGCAGCAGCCAUGACCCAGGGGAAGCUCUCUGUGAACAACAAACCCCCCAGCUCUGAGGGGCAGGGGGACAAGAAGGACAAUGCCACAGCCCCCCCGGCUCCCCCGUCCUACGAGGAGGCGACAGCGGGAGAAGGGAUGAAAUCCGGGGCUUUUCCUGCCCCGCCCGCGGCCCCGCUCCACCCUAGCUGGGCUUACGUGGAUCCCAGCAGCAGCCCGAGCUACGGCAGCGGGGGGUACCCGGGGGACACGGAGCUGCUCACCACCUUCAGCUGGGACGACCGCAACGUGCGCAGGGUGUUCAUCAGGAAGGUUUACGCCAUCCUCAUGGUCCAGCUCCUGGUCACCGUUGUCAUCGUGGCUUUCUUCACCUUCUGUGAACCAGUCAAGGGCUACAUCCAGACCCACUCUGCCUGGUACUGGGCUUCCUACGCCGUUUUCUUCGUCACCUACCUGAUCCUCGCCUGCUGCUCCGGGCCCAGGAGAUACUUCCCAUGGAAUCUGAUCCUGCUCAGCAUCUUUACCCUGUCCAUGGCCUAUCUCACUGCCAUGCUCUCCAGUUACUACAACACCAAGUCGGUGCUGCUGUGCCUGGGGAUCACGGCCCUGGUCUGUCUGUCUGUCACCAUCUUCAGCUUCCAGAGCAAGUUCGACUUCACCUCGUACCAGGGCAUUCUCUUCGUGCUGCUCAUGGUGCUGUUCCUGGGGGGGCUGGUCCUGGCUGUCAUCCUGCCCUACCAAUACGUCCCGUGGCUCCACGCGAUCUACGCUCUGCUCGGGGCUGGGAUCUUCACCAUGUUCCUGGCCCUGGACACGCAGAUGCUGAUGGGGAACCGCCGGUACUCGCUGAGCCCCGAGGAAUACAUCUUUGGAGCCCUCAACAUCUACCUGGACAUCAUCUACAUCUUCUCCUUCUUCCUGCAGUUCUUUGGCUCCAGCCAGGAGUGA